CAAUUGCUACUUAUAUUAAUCCCGACUCAAAAUCUUAAAUAUUUAUUACCAGAAAAAAACAGUGAUUUUAGUCGUUGUGAAUGUAUGGAGAACUGGUUUUUUUAUGGUUUAUCACGUCGGAAGCGCUUUGAGCUUGUGCUUUUCCCGUGAAGUGUGCAUGGGCAGAUGCAUUAGCACGGUAUGAGAGGCAUUUAAUAAAGACAGUUCAGUGGCAGCUCAUUAAUAUUGAGGAGGAGCGAGCACCAUGGACGAGCUUGCUUCGCGAUCUCGGGAUAAACUAUUGAUGUUUCGUCUCAUGGAGCUAAAGGAUGUCUUGGGUCGUAUUGGCAUGACUAAGCAAGGGAAAAAGCAGGUUCUUAAAGACAGAAUAAUGAAUUUGCUUGCUCCUCCUGAUCCACAAGGAUUCAAAUCUAAUGGAGGUGCUGGAAAAAUAAUUGCCGUUGGCAGGGAGGAGGUUGCAAAAAUUAUUGAUGAUAUUUUCAGGAAAAUGAAGGGAUGUGAUGCUGAUGAUCUUGUCGCAAAAGUUCAUAUGCCAAAGUCAGUGGGUUCUGUAGAUGAAGAUGAGUAUGCGGAAACUGGCAUUAUAGAGGCUAAGACUCGGUGCCCUUGUGGAAGUUCAAUGGAUCGUGAUAUCAUGAUCCAGUGUGACAACAACAAAUGCAAAGUCUGGCAGCAUUUAACAUGUGUGGUUAUUCCUGAGAAGAUUGGUGAAGGUGUUCAGGCAGAAGUACCCACUCUAUUCUAUUGUGAAGCUUGCCGAAUAAAUCGUGCUGAUCCCUUUUGUGUGACAGUGUCGCAACCUGUACUUCCAACAAAGCUCACAACAUCGUUUGUCUCAGGGGAGGGGUCAAGCCCACUGCAGAACAUUGAGAAAACAUUUAUUUUGACACGAUCGGACAGAGAAUUAUUGCAGAGUCCUGGUUGUGAUCUUCAGGUGUGGUGUAUUCUUCUCAAUGACAUGGUGAUGUUUAGGAUGCAUUGGCCGCAGUAUUCAGAUCUUCGGGUUAAUGGUGUUUCAGUACGGGUGACAGACAGGCCAGGUCCUCAAUUAUUGGGAGCCAGUGGGCGCGAUGAUGGUCCAGGGAUCACAGCUUGCUGUCAAGAAGGAACCAACAAGAUAUCAUUAUCUGCAUAUGAUGCGAGACAAUUUUGCCUUGGUGUUCGAAUUGUUAGACGUCAGACAGUUCAAAAGGUUUUAAGCUUGGUGCCUGCUGAGACAGAAGGUGAGACUUUUGACAAGGGUCUUGCUCGUGUUCAGCGUUGUAUUGGUGGCGUUGACUCCCUAGGAAAUGUUGAUGAUAGUGAUAGUGGUCUGGAAGUGGUAGCAGAGUCCAUCACAGUGAACCUCAAAUGUCCGAUGAGUGGAUUGCGUAUGAAUGUUGCUGGGAGGUUCAAAUCUUGUGAGCAUAUGGGUUGUUUUGAUCUUCAAACUUUUAUAGAACUCAAUGAGCGUACAAGAAAGUGGCAGUGUCCUAUUUGUCUCAAGAAUUAUUCAUUGGAAGACAUUGUAAUAGAUCAGUAUUUCAGCCGCAUUGCAUCUGCAAUGAAAGGCUAUCCUGAGGAUGUUACAGAAAUUGAAGUCAAACCAGAUGGAUCAUGGUGCCCAAAACAUGAAGUUGAAGAAAAGCAUCAAGAAAAAUGGCAUCUGCAAGAAGGUUCCUUUUCUAUCUCAAAUGGAGAUGCUAAAAUGAAAUUUAAACUAUCAAAUCAGGUGAAACAGGAAGGUCAUAUUUCAGAGGCUCGUAUGCCAUUAAAAAUUGGAACGAAGAGGAAUCAUGAUGGACAUUGGGAACUGCACGGAGCUAAAGAUAGCACAAAACACAGUAAUGCAUUUAACAAAAAUAAGAAACAAGAAUUGACUAAGCUCCCACAAUGUAGCAGUCCAACUAAAAUAAAUAGAAAUCAUGAACAUACUAGUAUCAAUCAAGAAACAAGUGAAAACCUUUAUAUUUUAGUAGGUGAUGAUUCUGAUUCCGAUUCUACAUCAUUAGGUCCUGUCUGUUCUUCGUCUUCAGUUGUUAAAAACACUGACUCUCAAGUUCAAAAAGACUCUGAAGUGAUAGUUCUAAGUGAUUCAGAAGAAGAAGUUGAGAACAAACUAAACAUUGGCUCAUCAGCAGCUUCAGCAUUUGCCAGUUCAGAUAACCCUGCUCAAGAUGGAUUUCACAGAAUAAAUUCUUCUGAAGAUUUACCAGAAGAAGUACUUAUUUCUCACAAUUUUAUAUCAUCUGUUCCCUUUGGUUCAUCUACAUUAAGUUCAGUUACAUGUAUUGCAAAUGGUCCAGUCGAAUUGUUUGGACUUGAUGCUUUUAAGAUCGAUCCACCCAAUUUGUCAGAUAACACUCAAAAUAUGGAUACAGAUGCACCAGACUCUAUGGCCAUUUCACAACAGAUCUCUGCUAGAUCGACAUCACUAACUAGAUAUAAUGCUGCUCUGUGGGAGCAAUCCAACAAGUCAUUAGUGCCAAGGAUUCCAUAUGAUGCUAGUUCACCUUUUUCACCACAAAACUAUUUCAGUACUGACUUAAAUGACACUUAUAUUGAGAAUUUGAGUGGAAUUGAUAGUGGUGAGGCAUUUUUGCAGUCAUUUCUUUUGCCAGAGCCAGCUCAGACCUCAGUUCAGGGUGAUGAAAAUGGGCCAACUGUUGCUUCUGAUACCUUACAGACAAAUUGGAUUUCUCUUAGCUUGGCCAGGCGUGAGAUUAGUGGAAUAUAUACCCAUAAAACCUACAUUACAAACAGACAGCAGGCUGCAGAUCAAAGAAAUGGCCUUUAGCAAAUACAGCUUUCAAUAGUACCAAUGGAAAUCGGUCAGAAUCACUAGAUCAAGAAGUGUGAAUUUGGCCUCUGUAAUAUGCAUACACGUACAUAUGACAGCAUAAGCACCCGAGCAGCUCCUUAACGUCAGAUACAGACAGUGAUGUGCAGUGAUAUUGGGAAGUUCUAUCGCUUUAAAGAUUGUUCGAUGGGGAAUAUGAAUUGCAAGUCUUGUAAUUGAAACAGAGUUAUUGUAUAACUGCCGAUGAAAUUUGUUUGAACAUUGUAUAAAAUCCCUUUUGACAUCUAUAAGAGUCGAUUAAUUUAUCUGUUUAGCAUACAAAUAUAUCAAUUUGAUAAUUACAGUGAUAAAUAUUAGAAAUGUUCCUUGAUUGAGCUAUGCGAGAUUUUGAAUUUCUUUCUAGCAUGCAGAAAUGAAAAUGAGAUCUUAUCUGUACCAUUUGCCAGAAUCCUGAAGUUUCAGAUUGAAAGCUAAUGCAGCAAAGUUACAUUGCUUAGUUGCCCCCCUGCACAAUGCUGACUUCUCCUUUAGUAUGUUAAUUAUUGAACAAAUUAAUCCUUGGCAAUUAAAAAGACUGAUUUACUCAUCUUCAAAUUU